AUGGCCAUGUUGGCCCUUGAGCACUUACUGGCCACAUGGAAUAGCCAGCUUUUACUGAGGGAGACCCCCUUGGGGUACUCCGGCCUUGUGCCGGACCCUCCAUUUCGCCCAGAAGCCAAAGUCAUCUCAGGCUUCUGGUCCCAAGAGACAUCAUCUGGGAAACUUCUUUUUAGAGGUUGCUGUAGUGCAAGGAAAAUGCCAUUCCUUCAGUUGCUGUGCUAUGCCCUGGAGGACUUCAGGGAAGAAAAUAACAAUUUUGACCACCUGCUUUCCUGUUAUGAACAUCGCUACAGGAAGCAAUUUGGAAAGCUGAAAGACUUAGAACAUUUUCUCGUGUGGUAUGAUGACGAGAAUAGUCUUGGCGGAGGGAACAACGUCGCCAACUAUCUCACGAUGAUCCAACAUCUGGAAGAUCUGGAAAGUCUUGCAGUGACAUAUCGGGUCCUGUAUACUAUGGAUUCUUGGCCAAUUAUGACACCAGAAGGACAAGUGCUGAAGGACCGAUACAGGGACCUUGUCGAAUUCCAUCAAGCUAUAACAUCAAAGCUUGAGGUACUCAAGAUGAAGAUUGUGGAGAAGGAAGAGGAGCUGAAGGAAGAGGAGCUGAAGGAAGAGGAGCUGAAGGAAGAGGAGCUGGAGGAAGUUGCUGGGACCAGUGAACAUCAAGGAGAGCCUCCUGUCAUAGAGGAGAAAGUAGAAGAGCCUCCUACUGCAGAAGAGGGAGUGGAAGAGCCUCCCACAUCAAUGGAGGAAGAAGUGCCACCUGAAGGGGAGGUGGAAGAGCCUCCCCCUUUAAGGGUGGAAGAGGCAGCGCCAUCUACAGAAGGGGGGGAAGUGGCAGAGCCUCCCCCUUCAAGGGAGAAAGAGGAAACACCAUCUGCUGAAGGGGAGGUAGUGGAAGAACAUCCGGCUUCAAGGGUGGAAGAGGCAGCGCCAUCUACUGAAGGGGAGGAAGUGGCAGAGCCUCCCCCUUCAAGGGAGAAAGAAACACCACCAGCUGAGGAACAUCAGACCCUUAGAAGGCGGGUUAGAAAGGCGCUCCAGAGAGUUUGGAAGUCCACCAGAAGAUUCGUGAGGGAGGUAUGUUGUCACCGGAGGUAUGUUGUCACCGCUGCUCCCUGAUUGCCUCCCAUUCUUUCACUCAAGUACCUGCCCACCUCUCGACUCAAGUGCCCACCUACCCACCUCUUCCACACAAGUGCCUACAUAGCCACACAAAGCCCACCCAUCCACCACUUCUACACAAACAACCACCAUACAAUCCAAAACUCUUCCAUACAAUCGCCUACACAAGCACCUGACAGCCCACCCAGCAAUACACAAGCACCUGUCCACCCACCCCUCUACAAAUAUACACUCACCCACUUUAGCCCUCUACACAUAGAACAUAUAAAGCCAUGAUCCAGGGUGUAAAACCGACUGCCGUUUCUAGGAGUCAGAAAGGAAUUUUUACCUUCAGUGCAGAUUGGCAAAGCGCACUGUAGAGUUUUUUGCCUUUCUUUGGAUCAUCAUGGCUCCCAUGCAGCAAGCUGUGGCCCCCAGGAUUACUUUUGCUCUGUGCAGGCCUAGCCAUAAGGAAUCAUCACACCCCUAGGGCAGAGCUAGAGCCAAUUCUCGCACAAGGAAGGGUAGGGAGAGGGAGAUGGUUGGUUAAUCCCUGCCCUACUAUUGAGCCUACAAAGUGUUUUGGGAGCCACAGGUCGUUUCAGGGAAAGCCUAACCACCUUUUGGCUUAUUAAUAAAUCCUGUUACCCCAACAGAUUUCUCAUAAA